CUUGCAACGUUUGUCUGAUUACGGUUUGCAUUGUGGCAGCUGCCAAUCUCACCGACUUCGCUAUCGACAUGCAGGGGCUGGAGAAAGCUUACCUGGUAAGCGACAAAGCCACCCGAAUGUACUCACUAACCAGCGACAGAGAAGAACAAGGGAACUAUAAUAAGGAGAAACAUAAAGAUGAAAACUGCAAUCAGGCGAUAAGUCCUUACCACUGUCACACCAGCAACACAAAGGCGUAUGACGCCAGGCAGAGAGAACAGAAGGUGGCUAUAAAGAAACUUUACAUAGCAGCAGCCAUUAGCACGACGUUUAUUGUGGCAGAAAUCACAGGUGGUUAUAUUGCCGGAAGUCUGGCUGUCGUGGCAGAUGCGGCUCAUCUUUCAGUCGAUCUGUCUAGUUUCUUGAUCAGCAUCUGCUCUUUGUGGCUGUCCUCCAAACCGGCGACAAAAAGACUUACCUACGGCUGGUAUAGAGCAGAAAUUGUUGGUGCACUAUUGUCCAUGAUUACAAUAUGGAUCGUGACCGCGGUGCUGGUUUACUUUGCUUGCAAGAGAGUCCUGCACCCUGAUUACACCAUUGACGGGACUGUUAUGCUGAUUACAUCUGCCUGUGCAUUAGCCGCUAAUAUAGUCUUGGUUUUGGUCCUGCACGGCGCAGGACACGGGCACAGCCACUCAGGGGCUCAGCAUCAACACAUGGCGCCUGAUCACAAGCCCCAGACAAAUGCAAGUGUGCGCGCAGCCUUCAUCCACGUCGUGGGAGACCUGUUCCAGAGCAUCAGUGUGCUAAUUAGUGCACUCAUCAUAUACUUCAAGCCACAGUACAAGAUAGCCGAUCCAAUUUGCACAUUUAUAUUUUCCAUUUUCGUACUGGCCACCACAAUUACAAUCCUAUGGGAUAUUUUCAUUGUAUUAAUGGAGGGGGUCCCCCGUGGGAUUAAUUACAGCAUUGUGAAGCAGAGUAUUCUUGCAGUGAAUGGGGUUAAGUCAAUACACAGCCUUCAUCUCUUGGCCUUAACAAUGAACCAAGUCAUCCUCUCCGUUCACGUUGCCACAGACACCUCAGAAGAUUUUAAGAGAAUUACGAAGGAAGUCACGCAGAAGAUAUUUGACAAUUUCCCCUUUCACUCAGUCACCAUUCAAGUGGAAUCUGUGGAAGAACAGAGUCUAGACUGUAUGUUUUGUUAUGAGCCCAAAUAACCAGCCUCAUCCUGUACAGACUUGGGAAACGGAAAUUAAUUAUGAUUCUACAAACUCAAUCUGCUAUCUCCACUGAGCGAACAGCAAUGAUAUACUGGGGAUGUAGUUGGGAUUCCGGAGCUCAGGAUCCGUCAGUCAGACUCCCGACACCUGUUAGACUACCUACGCCCAUAUACUGUACAUGUGAUAUGUUGAGCUACUUGUUUUACACGUGGCACUAUAGAAGGAUCACACCAGAAGAACGGAAUCCCAUUACGUUAUGUUAAUCCUCAGCAAGACCACAGUCACCUGGAAGGUAAAGGUUCCUAGGUACAUGCCGUCACCUGUGUGUACAAGGAAGGGGUUGCCCGGGUUAAAUGUUCUUAGUUUGGUAUGAUCACAUCCCGCUGUUUAGUCUAGUGACUGAAAUAAUGUGUGCCAGUUGUUUUGUAAAGUUUAUAUUGUAGUCUGUGGCUGAGGCUGGUGGAUAUAUCUAAUGUUCCUACAGCAACGUUAAAAUCUCAGAUUAAUCCAUCUGAAGGCCCAAGGUCAAGGUAUGAAUUCUCCUGUGCUUUGCCUAGCAGACAGAAGCCUAGAACAUCACAAUCUGUCCCUUUCCUCAACACUGGACUGGAGUGAGCUACAACACAGGUGACCUCCUACGGUGAGAGAGCUGGACCCUUCUGGAAUCGCAUAACUUAAAGGACAAAAAUGAGAUGAAAUACAUAAUCAUGCCCGUAGGAAGGUCCCACGUGUACAGUUCAUACCGGCUGCAAAAGCUUCAUGAAAAUUCAUUGGCUGCAAAAGCUUCAUGAAAAUGUCCUUCUCCAAACUGUUCCUGUCUCGCGGCUGUUGGUUUCCCAAGACCAAGUAAUGACUUGCAAAAUGAUGGUUGGGGUAAAGAAAGAAGACGGUAAAGAAGAGAUAUUACUGUAUAUUGAUCAACUCUACUU